GAGCUCGCAUUCUCUACAUACACAGUAGUACAAGCAGGCACCAAACUCUGAACUCUCUUAACAAUAUCUGAAAUUUGAUGCUAUUUUCGUCCUCAGUUUGACGCAAACAUGCCAUCCAUCGGUGGCUAUGAUAAUUCUCGGACCAAAGAUUGUGAUUUGGAGGAUGUAACAAGUCUCAUAUCAGUGGAAUUAGUUGGAUCAAAAUCAUCGUCGACAUCAAAAAACAUCACAGCAUUGAAGCUGAAGAAAGACAAACCGUUCCCAUCAGAAUCUACCACCAUCAUGGCACCAAACAAGAAUGGCCAGAUGGAGAGUGAGUGCAAGACUGCGUCCCCUACUGGAAAAGAAGUUAUACAACAAGACAAGAAUUCGUCUGCAGGGAUAGAGAAGACAGCAGCUCCAGAGGGAGACACUCAAUGCAAUGGGAAACACAAUGAGGAACAGAUGGAGAAGACGGCCGAAGUAAAGCGGAAGGAGUACAAGGAGAAGCCAAAAGCUAGCUCUGUUGAAAUUCUUGGACUGAAGAAGAUGAAGAAUGCAAGGAUUCCCAACCAGGGCCACUUAGACCAGAGUAUCUACCAGAGCGCAGAGAGUGAGCUGAGAAGACGGAAGAGCUCUCCUGCAGCUUACCACUACCAGAAGCAUCAGAGGAUUCCUGAAGAGCAAUCAGAGGAGUCAUCCGUUGACAAACUUGCCACAAAGAUGACUCGAAUGGACUUGAGUUGUGAGAAGAAAGAUGGCUUUGAGAAGAGGAUGGAAGAGGAGGUGCAGGAAAGGAACAAUCUGGUUUCAAAAGGUCCUACUCGAAGCAGUCCUCCACAGGUCAGGAUGCAACCAUACUCUAGGAAUCAACCAACUUGUGUUCAACCAUGUCAACAGCCACAGCAGGUGUAUGCUGCUCCAGUAACCCAUCAUCCACCGAAUCGACAAUUUAUCGUCAUUUCAGAUAGGAAGUUUAUGCCCCCUGGUAUGACCCCUGCCCCUCACACAGAUGGUCGUACCAUGCAGAACGUAUCCAGGCCGCAGACCACCGUCACUAGGAAUGAACCGGUGGAAUCAUAUUGGCCUCCAUCUCCAACAGAUAGCUGUGACCCAAACUCACCUGGUAGCGUGUCUUCUCUGAGUCCUGCUCAUACAAUGCAACAGGCUCCAUCUCCAGCUUACUCCUCGGCGUAUUCCCCAGCACAGCCUCAGCUAUCACCCCAAUCCAUGAUGUCACCAGCUGAUAGCUACCAAGGCAUGUCCACCUCGCCAAAUUCGCCGUAUUCUCCAGAAAACAUGGUCAUUCUCAACUCCCCUCCUAGUGUCCAAAGCGAAGAUUCUGGAAUCGCCUCACCUCCUCACAACCCCAGCGUCUACAAUUACACCUCCGUAAAUGGCACCAACAGCGGGGUCGUCAUCGACAACAGCAAACGACCCAAUGUAAAUUUAAAUCAGAUUUCUGCAGAUAAGAUGAGGUACAUCAUCCAAAACCGGCAGCAGCAGCAGCAGCCGGUGUAUCAGAAGCAACAACAGCAGCCAUCGCAGGCUGAAAUGGCCCUGCAGAGCAUUGAACGAAUCAAAGAGGAUCUCAUGGCCUCGACUGCAGAGCUUCCAAGCCCACAAUGUCAUAUUCCACCUGACAAUUAUCACUAUGUUCAGAGCCCAUACAAUCGGAACCAAGUAAGCCAACCAAUGGUUAGCCAGCAACCUGCCUAUCAGCACACCAUAUACUCUGGAUCAAACCAAAUGCAGAUGGUCACACCUCCUCCUACCCCUCAAGAUCAUAAUAGAAACUUGGAGAAUCUAGUCAACAAUAUGCCUCUGGAUGUCUUGUGUUCUUUGGAUGAGGAAGGAGACAGUGCUCUUCACAUAGCUAUUAGCCAGGGGAACACGCAGCUUGUACGCCUGAUCAUCAAUCGGUUGUUGAAGAGUGGAAGAAGGGAUGCCUUGAACCUUCAGGACAAUAUCGGACAGACACCUCUUCAUAUCUGUAUCGUGACAAACCAACCAAAUCUCAUUAUUGAACUUCUUAAAGCCGGUGCUGACAUCAUGAAGCGAAACAAGGAACAAAUGACUGUCCUCCACUAUGCAGCGGCCAAAGGUUUUUCUAACGCUCUGCUGGCCAUAUUCCACUGUUUGUGUGAGAAGAUGAUUGCCAACAUCCAAAUCGAUAUUGAAGAUAAGAAUGGCAUGUCCCCACUGCAGUGUGCUAUUCAAGCUCAUGGUCGCCUUGCCCGUGUCUAUGAUGGUACUCAAUGCAUGUAUGUUGAUAAGAUGGUGGAUAGUUUGGAUACCAUCAAGAAUCUACUCUACCUAGGGGCUGAUCCUGCAUUCCAGGACAGGAAGAGUGGCUACACAUCCAUCCACUAUGCAGUUGAGCUGCCACCUUGUAACAAUGUGACCCCAAACACGCACAUCCUCAAGAACAUCCUAGAAUGGCCUGGCGUUGACGCAAGACAACUCCUCAGGAUGCAAAACUACGCCGGCAACACUCCGCUCCACGUCAUCGCUGGGAGGGAGUUUGAUGAGGAUUACGUGGUGAGCGUGAUCGAUCACCUGAUCAGCUUUGGUGCUGACAUCGAUGUGAAGAACCAAGAGAAGCAGUUACCUCGUGAUUUAGCGACGGUCAAGAAGAAGGAGAGACCAAAGGUUUUUGCAAGAUUGACAGGAGACCAUCUUCAAGGAAAGUGAAGCAGCCAAUCAGGGGCCUUGAUAAAAAUCAACCUUCAUCAACAAUGCAGCAAGUGACCAAUCAUAGGAGAUGUUUCAUUAGAUGAAUACAGACAUGCGUUUCAACUGCAUGCUCAGAGAUUCCUGGAUGUAUUGUAUGUUUGAAAUAUUUUUGGUAAUAUCUGAAUAUAUGGCCUUAUAAAAGCCUAUUGUACUGUAUAUAUUUUAUGUCUUUCGAUGAACCAUCAUGAUUCCUGAAUAUGAAUUUUAUAAUAAACAUGAAUGAUUUUCCUUUGAUUAAAAAAAAGAUACUCUCUGUAUAAUAAAAUUAACAUUUGAGAGGAUAAUUUCUUUCAAUUUGAAUAGUCAUUUAGCUGUAAAAUAUUGAGAAAAAAUAUAAUUAUAAUUUGGAAUGAUGAGGAUUCAGUAUUGUAAAUAAACAGAUAAUUUAAAAUGACAAGGCAUGUCUUUAUCAUGUGGAAGAAAGGUUUUUUAUGGCUUAGAUUAAGCACUUUUAAUGAAUUUGAAUUUUUGAUUUGUUGUUUUAAAAUAAUGUACUACAGAUAUCAAAUGGUUUUAAUUGACAGUGAAUCUACUGUGUGUUGGAAUGUCAAAAUGAAAUUGUAUAAAUAUACAUUCAGUGUAAUAUACAUGUGUAGAUUCAGUUUUAUAACUUGGCUUCCAAUGUCAUUUAGCAUUGCAUAAAGAGGAACCAAAAAUUUAAGCAGUUGACAAUAUUUCACACGGUAUAUCUUAAUUCUUAAACAACUCAAACUUGAUGAAAAUUGGAAAUGUCAUCACUGAGUAUGGAUAUGAAUGAAAUGGGACCAUGAAAGUGUGAUUGAUUGGAAUUUUGAAAAUUGAAUUCUAGUAUUAGAGAAGAGGGGUGUAUAAAAACAUGCCUUUAUUAUUUGACUUAUUAAGUUUAGGACAAUCUGUGAGCGUGUUAUACAGCAUUAGGAAUGAAUCACAAAUUUCUAGGGAUUUUUUUAUUUUUCAUCUUUGUGUACAAUGUGUGAUUAUGAGAUGUCAAUGAAUGCAACAUCAUGAUCAAAUUGCUUCAGUCUGUGUUUCAGUUCAAUUGUAUCUCUGUCUGUGAAAAUGUCCCCUGUUAAAUAGGCCUAAUAUGUGUUCAAUUUAUGGGGAACAUGGUGGCUGUUUCAGAAAAGCUGUUCGUAAGUUAGAGCAACUUUAAGAAUGACUGGUGAACCUUUCUUACAUGCUAAUCACCAAUGAACAUUUAAUGGUGAUUAUCAUUUACCACAAGAAAGGAUCACCAGUCAUUCUUAAAGUUGCUCUUAACUUUAAUACAAACAGAUUUAUGAAAUGGCCCCAAGGCUUCAGAUACUGGUAUUUCUUUGGAUACAAAUACUUGUGGUAAAAGUGUACCAUGUUAUAUUGCUUGAAACAAAAAUAUUGUUAUAUUUCUCUGUCUCACUCUUCACUCCCAAACUGACCAAUGCUUGUUUUGGAUGAUAAGGUCUCACACCACUUCGAGAGGAGUGUUUAUACAUAGAAACAAACGAUUUACACUGAAGUGACCGAUUUGCUUUAUGCCUGUCGUGAUUCAAGACUAUCAGUAGCUUAAACAAUAGUUUGGUACUGACUUUGAAAUGUCCCCUAGAUAUAAAUAACUAUCUAGGCAUAUAUAUUUUAUGCAUAUGUACAUAUUACAGUAUCUUGGAAAAAAAAAAUCAAUCACUUUGUGUCUCAAAACAUGCACUUAUUGAGCAAUUUGUUCAAAUACUUCAUAUAUCCUUCUGUUUAAAUUGUAACACUAUUCUGUAAUUUCCUUGUUUAUACUGCGUAUAGAAGUGGUCAAGUUUUAUUCAUGUAAAAAUGUAAUAUUAAUCAGAUCAUAGUGGUACUGUAUGUCCAGGAGACUGAAAUGAAAUGGGGCGUAAAGAUUUCAAAAAUGGAGAGCUUGCAGGAUGAGAGUUUUAGAUUUAGGGAUGGUUCUAAAGAUAGAGGGUACCUAGUCUGAAGGCACAGACCCUUGGUUUUCACAAUUCUCAUAGUGCAUAAUGUAGAGU